GGAGCCUCCCUCCGUGUGCGGGACCAGGUGUGCGCGUGAGAACCUGUACAUAUAUGACGGACCGGCUGUUCUAGGAGGAGAACUGGGGGGUGAGGAGGGGGGUCGGGGGGGGGGGGUGCACCCAAAGGGGAGAGGAAAGCGGGAAGACGCGCGCGCGGAUGGAGAGUUUACGCGCACGUGUUUACACCCCUCUCAGGUGCGGUUAUCGGCGCGUGAAUGAACUGAGCGCGCGCAAAGUUGCUUUUCGACUCUCUCUCUCUUUUCUUUUUUCUUUUUGUUUUGCAACCUCGUCUCGACCCAACAAGUGGAUUUGAAGACUCACAACAUCCGGGACUUUUAGCUGCUGGACUUGCCGCCCGGGAAGAACCACCACCCCCCCCCCUCUCCCCCCCUCACCCCCCACGCCUCCAUUCCCGGUUCCCGGUCCCCGGUGGAUGCCCCCGGACCGCCGCAGCCAUGGGGGAAUGGACCAUCCUGGAGCGCCUCCUGGAGGCCGCCGUGCAGCAGCACUCUACUCUGAUCGGAAGGAUCCUGCUCACAGUCGUGGUGAUCUUCCGCAUCCUGAUCGUGGCCAUCGUCGGCGAGACCGUCUACGAGGACGAGCAGACCAUGUUCAUCUGCAACACCCUGCAGCCCGGCUGCAACCAGGCCUGCUACGACAAGGCCUUCCCCAUCUCCCACAUCCGCUACUGGGUCUUCCAGAUCAUCCUGGUGUGCACGCCCAGCCUCUGCUUCAUCACCUACUCCGUCCACCAGUCGGCCAAGCAGAAAGACCGCCGCUACUCCUUCCUCUACCCCAUCAUGGAGAGGGACUACGGGGGCCAGGGGGGCGCCAGGAAGAUCCGCAACAUCAACGGCAUCCUGGUUCAACACGGCGGCGGCGGCGGGAAGGAGGAGCCCGACUGCCUGGAGGUGAAGGAGAUCCCCAACGCCCCGCGGGGCCUCACCCACGGGAAGAGCUCCAAGAUACGCCGGCAGGAAGGGAUCUCCCGCUUUUACAUCAUCCAGGUGGUGUUCAGGAACGCCCUGGAGAUCGGCUUCCUGGCGGGCCAGUACUUCCUGUACGGCUUUAGCGUGCCGGGGAUUUUCGAGUGCGACCGCUACCCGUGCCUGAAGGAGGUGGAGUGCUACGUGUCGCGCCCCACGGAGAAAACGGUGUUCCUGGUGUUCAUGUUCGCGGUGAGCGGCAUCUGCGUGGUGCUCAACCUGGCGGAGCUCAACCACCUGGGCUGGCGCAAGAUCAAGGCCGCCAUCCGCGGCGUGCAGGCCCGCAGGAAGUCCAUCUGCGAGAUCAGGAAGAAGGACAUGGCGCACCUGUCCCAGCCGCCCAACCUGGGCCGCACGCAGUCCAGCGAAUCGGCAUACGUCUGACGACGAGGAGAAGAAGAAGAUAGGAGGAGAAGACGAAGAAGAAAAAGAUAGGAGAAGAAGAAGAAGAAAAAUAUAGGAGGAGAAGAAGAAGA